AUGAUUGCAGGGUCUAAGUACUAUGUGGAUAGGCAGUCUUACAAAAUUGAUUCAAAGGGCAAGACAUUGUCUGACAAUGAAGUUCUAAAAGGCAUUGGUUUGGGUGAAGGUGGCAAGAUAUUCUUCAAGGACCUGGGUCCACAAAUUGGAUGGUCAUCUGUUUUUCUUGCAGAGUAUGCCGGUCCACUUUUUAUUUAUUUAUUUUUCUAUGUCAGACCUUCCAUAAUUUAUUCUGUAGACAUCAGUGGGAGAUCUCUCGCAUCUCAAGUUGCAUGUGCAUGUUGGUGCUUCCAUUACUUGAAGAGGCUGUAUGAAACAAUUUACGUGCAUCGUUUCUCGCAUUCCACUAUGCCCUUGUUCAAUCUUUUCAAGAAUUGUUCUUACUAUUGGGGAUUCACUGCAUUUGUCUCCUACUACAACAACCAUCCUUUGUACACCCCACCAAUUACAUUCAUUCAUAAAAAUAUCAUUUGGAAGGUUUGUGAAUAUGGCAAUUACAGCAUCCAUAUUGCUUUCAAGGAUCUCAGACCUCCAGGAUCUACAGUCCGUCAAAUACCGAAACCAACCACAAAUCCAAUGACAAGAUUGUUUGAAUUAGUGUCAUGCCCUAAUUACACUUAUGAAGUUGGCAGCUGGUUCUUUUUCAGCGUCAUGAUUCAGUCCCUGCCCGCUUUUCUGUUUUGUCUGGUGGGUCUAGGUCAGAUGAGUAUUUGGGCUCUGGCCAAACACAAAAACUACAAGAAGGAAUUUCCUGAUUAUCCAACUAAAAGAAAAGCCAUUUUACCAUUCAUUUUGUAA